UGGUUCCAGCUGUUGCGCAUUCCACAGCACAGCGGAGCCGCCGCUGGCCAAGAGCGACAGCAGUCAGGACAGCGCCUUUAAAGUCACCAAAGAGCCACUGCUGGACUUGUUUAAUCACUCUGCGAACUCAUUUUUUGGAUCAUAUUGUUUCGCUAGUUUUAUUUUUAAAACUUUCGGCGAAGAGGUGGAGUUUAUAUCUGAGGUAUUUUCUCUCAGUGAUUUGGAAGCGCAGAGUAUAUUUGGAGAAGAGCGCAACGCAUCUUCAAUAAGUGUGUUUGUUUGGAACAGCCAUAGGAUAUGACAGACAUCGUUUCAGCAAUGGACACAGAGGCAAACUGUCCUGCAAGUAUCCUCGAACCCGAGUCAGACCAGAGCUUCAAUUCUCCUAAAAGUCCACCGUUGGAUUUGAUUGAUACAGGAAAAGGACUGAAGGUACAAACUGCAACCCCUCAUCUGGUCAGUCUGGGCAGUGGAAGACUCAGUGUGGCCAUUACUCUUCUACCGCUGAAAGAGGGAGUGACACGCAUAGGUCGCGAUGACGCCCCUGUACCUCAGGACAUCACUAUUGAGGGUCCGGGCAUUGAAGCGGAACAUUGCAGGAUUGAAAACAGAGGAGGGGUCGUCACCCUUGACCCCUGCGGACACCUGUGUUCACUCGAUGGAGUCCCUGUAACCAGACCAACACAACUCACACAAGGUUACACACUCUGUCUAGGUAAAUCUUAUAUCUUUCGCUUUAACCAUCCCGAGGAAGCCAACCGUAUGAAAAGCAUGCUACCUCAGAAGAGUCCUGUCUCUCCGCUGGUGUACAGCACAGAUUACCUGAAGUUCAGCAGCGACUUCAGCCACUGCCUGGGUGGCUCUGGAUCCAGAGGGAUGCGCUCGGUCUCUGAGCUGCGGGAUUUGAUGGACACUUUACAAAAAAAGAAGCAGGCUUUGGAAAACAGUUUGCGAGCCAAUGGAGACUCAAGCCCCUCCUACUUCAGUAUGACACAGUCUCCGCCUACCACGCCCAAUUUGCUGUCACCCAUGACAUCUUCUUCCCCAAACUCCUAUCAGGAACAAGCUCGCCGACUGUACAGUUCAGAACGUCCACCGCUUUCCACCAAAGUGCUGCCUUCAACCACCAGCAUGCCUCCAUCUCCACGCCGUUCUGACCCUCGAGAGCGGGACACAUCACUUCCUUAUUCUCGACCCAUGACCCGGAAUCAAUCUCAGGAUAGUCUGCUCCUCAAUUCGUCAGAUAGUCGACGUACUGCUACUUCAGGCUCAGCACUCUCAAUGUGGAAUGGCUCGUCCACCGGUGCGACUGAUCCCCUUCCUCCAGCACCAGGGGGUGGCAGUGGAGCAGCUAGCAUGCCUUCCAGUCCCCGUCUGGCCCGUCGAUUCCACACUCCAGAGUCUGGGCGUAACGGAGGACUCGAGCCUGUUCCACGUCAGCGAAAGUACUCCGCUGGGUCACUAACAGGCAUGAGCUCACAUAGUCGCUCCCUUCCACGUCUCUAUCGACCUGCAGACUCCCAACUCACCCUCCUGCCAAUCUAUCGCUCUCCCGAUGGACAUAUUUCUCACAUAAGUGGUAUUUCUGAUCCCAACCACCAGAAUGGUCAUUCUGAAGUCAUCUCCAUCUCACUGUCCAAUAGACCUGGUACCAAACAACCCGUAGCCCCACCGGAUGUCACCAUGACCUCUGGAGAAGCCACCAGCCCCCGCCAGGCCAAGAAGGUGAGCUUGACAUCCACCAGUUCUUACUCAGAAGUGGACAGACAAGCUAUGUGUGGUCCCUCGCCAGCUCUAGAGAUUGGUCUCGGGGAGAGGAGACAGUCAUUUGGAAAGGCUGGACUUGGUCCGCCAACUGGAUUCAGGGAGCGAAAAGGCAGCAUCAGCUCUCUCAGUGGAAAAGAAGAGCUUCAGGACUACCAUCAGAGACAAAGGGAUGAAAGACUGAGAGAACAAGAGGUGGAGAGACUGGAACGUCAGCGUUUGGAGACUAUCCUGAAUCUGUGUUCCGGUUUGGGACGUGCAGAGCAGGACAAUACUGGUUUGGCCGUAGCAGACUUGCAGAAAAUCAACAAGGAGCUGGAGAAAUUGCAGGUGUCAGAUGAUGACUCCACAUUCUCAGACUCUGCUAGUCUCUCUGCCAGCAUUUCUGCCGAAAAUGACUAUGGGAUUAAAUUCCGGGAGCCCCAGGCAAGAGAGGAGAGACAGGUACGACAGCGCAAGAACAGUGGACACAGAGACGCCAGGUCGGAGACAAUAGCAGUCCGUGGAUCUGCUCCCACCCCUUCUCCUCGGCUGACACGGAUAAACAAGACGACCGAUGAUGACACGCAGCUAAAGAACGACGUGAGACGUAUAGAAGAGGAGAGGAUCCAGGUCCUCAACAAUAUGGAAGAACUGGAGCUGAAGAUCAAAGACCUGGACAACCAGAUGGAGGAGUCCAUCAGAGAGUUGGAAGUGGAGCGGGCUCUGCUGGAAGGCGAGCAGGAUUCGGAGAUGGCUCAGCUGCAGCAGGAAAAAGACACUCUGGAGCAGCUUAAAGAAAAGAUGGCCGAAAUCGAAAACAAAGCACAGACAGACAAAUCUCAGGACAAAGCCAAGCUAGAUGCGGAGCGCGUAAAGUUAGAGCGACUGGCCAAUUUGCUUGCAGAGCUGAAGACUCAGUUGGACACCUGCCCUGAAGCCUUGAAAGAGCAACUUCAGCUGCAGCUCUGCAGGGAUGCGGAGACGCUGGAGGUGGAGAGCAAGCGUUUUGAAGACCUCGAGUUUCAGCAGUUGGAGCGCGAGAGUCGUCAGGACGAGGAGAAAGAGUCUCAAACUCAACAUAUUCUUAGGGAGAUCGCAGAAUACCAGCGCAGCACCGUCACACGCAAGGAGAAGCUCCUGGCUCUGAAGAAACAGUGCACCCAGAUUUCCCAGCAAGCUCAGAGAGACAAGGACAGCUUUGUGAAGGAAAAGAACAAUCUUCAGAUGAUGCUACAGCGAGAAAAGGAGAAUCUUGUCAGUUUGGAGAAGAAAUACUCCGAGCUCACUGGGUCAUUGGGUUUCCCUGUCAAUCCUAUCAGUAUGAAGGAGGACUGCUUCCAGUUGGCUGACGUGUGUCCACCUCAUAGUGAAUUUAGCCAUGCCCACAAAACCCUUUCUCCACUUCCUGCUGAUCUCCUGAUGUUUUCUUCUCUUCUUUCCUCUCUGACUACCAAAAACGCUGAGGGCUAUGUUACAGUCACUGAGCUCAAUGAACUGUACUCUCAGCUGGGGGUUGAUUCUUCCCCAAACCCUCUCCCUACCCAAGCCCAGUCCUCCCCUGACACCCCUGCCAUGGGGACUGAGCCCAGUCCUGACCCCAGUCCCGCCGAGAGCACUGCCCCACCGGGAGAGGCUGAGCUCUCUCCCUCUUCCAGUCCACUGUCCUCCUCCAUCCUUUCCUCUUCCUCUUUCACUGCAUGCUCUCAUCCAAACCCUAAACCUCCCUCCGUGCACUGGCCAGAAGACAUGGUCACCUUCCUCAAUCCUUCUCCUCCUCCUCCUCCUUUGCCUGCAAAAAAAAUGCGCCGCCACAGGCAGCAUUUUCGCAGUCUAGAGGAAAGAAAACGGUACGGUAAAGAAGGCGGAGCUCAUUUGAGUGACACUCUUCCACGCAAGAAAACCCAGCCCACUAUUACCCCACAAUUCACCUGUGCCACCCUGGGUCGCAACAUAUCCCCUAAAUCUCAUCCACCUUUAGCUCAAAGCUCCAGCUGUGGGAGUGUGUUAAACCGAGCCCUAGCCAUUUCCCCUAAAGAGACACACAUGGAUACACACCGCCUGCACAAGGGCAAGUCUAAGAAAGGCCGCAGUCAGCAGCAUGUCGGCGAUGAACACCGAACUAGGUUGAGUGAUCUUAGUGGCCGUGCAUCCUCACAAACCAACGUUUAUCUGGACUCAAUUGGUUACCAGGACAAUGGUCGUGCCUUUGAUACACUGAGUGUGGAUAGCUCAGACAGCAUGGACACCAGCAUCUCUGCAUGCUCACCUGACAACAUCUCCAGUGCCAGCACCUCCAACGUUUUGAAGAUUGAGGAGAUGGAGCGCCUCCUCCGGGAGGCUCAGGCUGAAAAGCAUCGGCUCUUGGAGUACAGGGAGAGAGAGAUGGAGAGUAAAAGCAGGGCCCUGGAAGAGGAGAGGAGGAGGAGAGAAGAUCUGGAGAAACGAUUGCAGGAAGAAACCACCAGGAGGCAGAAGCUGAUUGAGAGAGAAGUGAAACUGCGUGAAAAACAGCGAGCACAGUCUCGUCCCCUGACACGCUACCUGCCCGUAAGAAAGGACGACUUUGACCUUCGUGCCCACAUCGACUCUGCCGGCCACAACACAGAGACCUGUUACCAUAUCUCCAUCACAGAGAAAACCUGCAGGGGCUUCCUCAUUAAGAUGGGCGGCAAAAUCAAAACCUGGAAGAAGCGCUGGUUUGUCUUCGAUCGGAACCGCAGGACCCUGAGCUACUAUGCAGAUAAACAUGAAGCCAAACUGAAAGGAGUGAUUUAUUUUCAGGCCAUAGAGGAAGUGUAUUAUGAUCACUUAAAGAGCGCACACAAGAGUCCAAACCCUUCUCUGACGUUCAGUGUGAAGACUCACGAUCGUGUUUACUACAUGGUGGCUCCUUCUCCAGAAGCUAUGAGAAUAUGGAUGGACGUUAUCGUAACAGGAGCCGAGGGAUACACUCAGUUCAUGAUUUAGACAUUAUCUAAUGGAGGAAUAAUAAGUGUGGUGUGUGAGUUUAAACACCGGACUUGAUCUGCACUUUUCAUUAUUGAUUUCCCUGAACGCUGGACUGAUUGUGUUCAUUUUUCCCUCUGAGUAUCUAGAUUCACAGUAUUGAAGCUUUUCUCUUCGCUGCCUUCGUAUUUUUUAAUUAUUUUUAUGCAACUUUUUAGCGGCCCACAUGACUGAACUAUAAUAUUUGUGUGUAUGUCUUGGUAUUUGUCUGUGUUUGUGUGAAGAGGUGUUAAAUGAUUUUUAGUGCCAAUGUGCCACGUUGUGUGUGGUCUGUUUGUUACCUUGUGUACAGGGCCUCAGGGACACACACACAUUAUGAUAUAAACAGCUGUCAGCUGUUCAGCCAAAGACGAAACACUCAGACACACACUGACCACUACACGCUGUAGAGUUUAUGUAUAGAUACAUGUUUUGUGUUUGUAACAUUGCCUUUGGUUUUGUAUUAUGUUGAUAUGCCUGUAUACCCGACAUUCAUAUUAAUCAAAGGUGCUAACAGACCCAGAUUACCAGUUUAAAGCUAUUACAGGACUACAGUUAUUCAAUAUGAAACUCUCAAACUUUCCAAAACACUUAAUGCUGCUUGGCAUUCAGGUAUUAUGCAGAUUUUUAAGGAUAAAACGUCUUGUGCACACAUAGAAACUAGGUUUUUAAGUAUGUUUUAUGAUAUUUUAUUAUUUUAUCAUAAUGCAUAUGUAACAUUUGCAUUUUUAUAGACUUUAUUCAUUGCUUCUGGGCUAUCUUCAGGGUAUUGAUGUAUUUCUUUUAAAGAAACAGCAAUGCCACACGCAAGAUAUCAGAAAUUAUUAUACAUAGUAACUAGAUUUAUAACACUAACUGUAUUUUUAUGGACAGUAUUUAAUGCUUUCAACCCAUCUUCAGUUGGUUUGGAGAGACAGCAGUGCCACAAAUGUAGAAGCUAGGUUUUUAGUGUGUUUUAUAACACCUCUGAUCAUUUAAUCAGUGCUUAUGUAACGUUUACAUUUUUAUGGAUUUUCUAUAAUAAUCCACAAACAAGACGUCACCGGAAAACCAAAAAAAAAGUGUUUUUUUUUUUUCUGAUCUGUAGAAUUAAGCAUUAAGUUAAGCCGGUGCUUACAUCACAUUAAUUCAGUACAGUCGGAGUUGUUUUAUUAGUAAGAUUUCAAUCAGGCAGUAUUGAAAAGAUUUCACUGCCAACAGCAGGGGGCGACAGCCAUCCAACACAUUCACACUUGCUCAACAUGUUAGCCAUUAAAGCUCGCGUCUGUGAAUUAGCCAGUUGUGUUUUGAAUAUUGUUAAUAUUCCUUUGAGAUUCAUAUUUAUACUUUUGUUUACUGUGCAUGCACCUUUUUUUGCAUACUGCAAAAUAAAGCAGAUGUAUAAUGUU